UAUCCAACCCUUUCCACUAUCAUGCUUCUACCAUCCACUCACCCUCUACCCCUUCUCUUCAUCUUCUUUCUUCAUAACUUGCGGCCGUUUACGGCGGCAAGACCUGUGUCGGAGUUCCCGUUUAAGAAACUAACUGUUUCAACUGUCAGUAACUACUACAAAUUCAAAUACUUUGGUUAUUUAACAUCACCAGAUUACAAUAUAUCAGAUGUUAUCUUCGAUGCUCACUUGGAACCUGCUAUCAAGCAUUAUCAUGCAACGAAGAAGUACGUGUAUUUUCCCGGGAAACCUCGAUGGGCACGAAGCAUUCCUAUGACACUAACGUAUGGAUUCUCCCCCGACAAUUUGAUCCAUUACUUGAGUUCCUCAGAUAUAAGAAAAACCUUUAAACGAGCUUUCUCGAGAUGGGCAUCGGUUAUUCCAGUCAGCUUCGUGGAAGCAGAUGAUUAUGGUUCUGCCGAUAUAAAAAUAGGGUUCUACGUAGGUGAUCACGGUGAUGGAGAGCCGUUUGAUGGGGUGUUAGGGAUCCUCGCACACUCGUUUUCACCUGAGAGCGGGAAGCUUCAUCUCGAUGCGGCGGAGACGUGGGCGGUUGACUUCGGAGUGGAGCAAUCGGACGUAGCCGUUGAUUUGGAAUCGGUGGCGCUUCAUGAGAUCGGUCAUUUGCUAGGUUUAGCUCAUAGUCCGGUGAAAAGUGCUGUUAUGUAUCCAAGCUUGAAACCUAGAGAAAAGAAAGUUGAUUUGUCCAUGGAUGAUAUACAAGGAGUUCAAUCUCUCUAUGGAUCAAACCCUAAUUUUACAUUUGGUUCUUUGAUGGAAUCUGACACUUCGGCUAAUCAAGCCAUUGGUUUGAGGUUUGAACCAUCUUUUUGGGCCACGUCCAUGUUCUUGGCAGCUGCUUUCUUCAGCGUAUAA